AUGGCAGCUUUUAAAUCCCACAACCAUCUUUCAGCCCUUUCUCUCUUCACCAUUUGUCUACUUACCACCACAGCCAGUGCAAAUCCACUUGUGCAGGCCACACAAAAUUGGUUAAACCACGGCGGAGAUCUGUACAAUAGAAGACAUGCGAACAAGGAGACCAAGAUCAGCCCUAAAACAGUUUCCAACCUAAGCUUGAAGUGGGAGUUCUAUGCCGGCAGAGACAUAACUGCAACACCGGCAAUUUGCGAUGGUACUCUUUAUUUUCCGUGCUGGAACGGAUUCAUCUAUGCCAUUAAAGCUUCUGAUGGGUCUCUUGUUUGGGAAAAGAAUUUGGAAACGUUAACUGGGGUUAACACCACUGGUUGGGUUACUAAUGUCAAUACAACAGUCUCAAGAUCAACUCCAAAAAUUGCUGGUAAUCUGUUAAUUGUCGGAAUCUAUGGACCGGCUCUUGUUAUCGCUGUGGAACGGUGGACCGGUAAGCUCGUAUGGUCGACGUUGCUUGAUCGCCAUUCUGCAAGUGUCAUAACCAUGUCCGGAACAUGCUACAACGGGAGUUAUUACGUUGGAACGUCGUCGCUAGAAGAAAGUGCCAGCGUUGGGGAAUGUUGUACCUUCCGUGGCAGCUUUGUUAAAUUAGAUGCAAAAUCCGGUGCCGUCCUAUGGCAAACGUUCAUGCUGCCCGAUAAUCAUGAAACCACCGGACUAUAUUCCGGGGCAGCUAUUUGGGGCAGUAGUCCAUCCAUCGAUGUUCAUAGGAGACAUGUGUACAUUGCUACUGGGAAUGUGUACUCAGUCCCUGAAAAUGUAAGCCAAUGCCAAGAAAAUCAGAACAAUUCAACACUACCCACUCGCCCUGAUGCGUGCGUCGAGCCCGAAAAUCACAGCAACUCAAUCCUAGCCCUUGAUUUGGAUGGUGGCGAUAUCAAGUGGUACCACCAGCUGGGCGGUUACGAUGUAUGGUUUGUUGCCUGUUUACUUGAUCCUUCAACCCGCCCCACUGGACCAAAUGUUGAUGCUGAUUUUGGAGAAGCACCAAUGAUGCUCAGAACUUAUGUGAAUGGAACCAAGCGAGAUAUAGUUGUUGCUGUGCAGAAAAGUGGGUUUGCAUGGGCUUUGGAUCGGAAUAAUGGCAGCCUUGUGUGGUCUACGGAAGCGGGGCCUGGUGGCAUUCGCGGAGGAGGAACUUGGGGAGCAGCUACUGACAAUAAAAUAGUCUACACUAACAUUGCAAAUUCUGAUGGCAAAAACUUCACCCUUAAGCCAUCUAACAACAUAACAACUGCGGGUGGAUGGGUGGCCAUAGAUCCUCGCACCGGUAGAACUCUAUGGUCAACUGCUGAUCCUAGCAAUGCAACUUCUUCUGGGCCAGUUAGUGUGGCUAAUGGUGUUUUAUUUGCUGGAUCCACAAAUCAAACAGGACCAAUAUACGCGAUUGACACCGAAAAUGGAGAAAUUUUGUGGUCAUAUAACACCGGAGCAACCGUGUACGGUGGCUUAUCAAUAAGUAAUGGGUGCAUUUACGUUGGCAAUGGAUAUGCAGUUAAUAUUGGAUCCUUUUCCCCAUUUAACGCUGGAACCUCACUCUAUGCCUUUUGUAUUACAUGA